UAUCAGUCUCUACUUUACUAACCAAUCAGUAUAGAAAUAAUAUCAAUUAAAUAAUCAUCUUUUUUGCACAGAAAAUAAAUAAAAAAAAUAAACAUUAUAAAUUAAGUGUCUAAUUCUCAUUUUAUUGGUUUAGACAAAAUGAAACGUAUUGUAUUUGUAGCAUUCAUAUGUAUUGAAUUAAGUAUUUCUGCUGAUGUUGAAACAGUUAAAGUGGAAUUAGAACAAGGAUUAUUAUCCGGGACUGUGGAAAGUACUCUCGUAAAGAAACAAAACUAUUAUGCUUUUAAAGGAGUACCUUAUGCAGCGCCACCCACGGGGGAUUUGAGAUUUAAGCCUCCAAUUGCUCACAAUGGCUGGGAAGGAACUUAUGAUGCUCAUGAGAACAAACCAACAUGCUUACAACUUAACUCUCGUAUGCGAUUAGGAGAACCAUUCGGGAUAUCUGGAUCAGAAGACUGUCUUUAUGUCAACGUUUUUACUCCAGACCUUAAAGGAUCUAAACCAGUAGUGGUGUUUGAUUAUAAUGAUAACUUUAGAACUGGAUUUAAUGGAACCAAGACAUAUGCUCCAGUAUUUUUUAUGGAAGAGGACGUUAUUGUUGUUACCAUCAGUCAUCGACUUGGUAUCCUAGGAUAUUUGACUACAGAAGAUGAAGUUAUACCAGGCAACAAUGGCAUUAGGGAUUUCAUAUUAGGUUUAGAAUGGAUAAAGAACAAUAUUAACAAAUUCGGUGGAGACCCAAAUCGAGUCACAAUAAUGGGCAACAGAGGAGGUGCAGUUAUAGCCAACCUACUUCUCUACAUUAAACAAGCUCGUGGAGUAUUCAAUGCUGUCAUAAUGCAAAGUGGGAGUGCGCUAGAAUCUACAAUAUUUCAUCCAAAUCCUAAACGAGCUACAUUAAAACUUGCAGAACUAGUUAAUAUUACCGCGGCAAAUACUAAAACAUUACUAGAAGAACUCCAAAAUGUUGACGCCAAUAUUUUAUUAUCACAUGAAGCUGACGUUGUUUACUCUGAACCGCUGGAAACAUAUCAAAUGGCAAUGUCUCCUUUUGCUCCAGUCAUUGAACCUCAAUAUCGAGGUGCUUUGAUUACAAGUUAUCCAGAAAAAAGCAAAGUAGUUAACGAUGUACCCGUGCUUGUUGGAUUCAAUUCUAAUGAGGGACUGGAUUUAGCAUCACCUUAUCUAUUUCGCCCGGGAGCAAUAGAAACGCAGAAUGAGGAAUUUUUCUUUAACUUCCCUAUAAGACCUGGAUUUAGAUUUGAUAUAAAUAGCACUGCAUAUGAACAGGCAAUUGGCGAAGUUCGUAAAUUUUAUUUUGACGAUGAAUCUAUUAAUUCGAGAAACAUAUUGAAAUACGGUAAUUAUAUAGGUGAUGCUUUACAAAUUUAUGCUUUAAACACUGCAGCAAAAAAGUUAAGCCAUGAAUUAAUAUCUCCAGUAUUUUACUAUGUGUUUGAUUUAUAUGGAAUGCUCAAUGAAAAUACCAUUCAUAUAACUAAAUUGGCCAUGGCUGAUUUGGAAAAUAAAGGAGCAACAAUAACCGAUGAGCUGUGCUAUCUUCAUUUAUGCUCUAGAAUUUAUAAAAAAUAUACACCUUUAAUAAAACUAGACUCUGAACCGACUGAAAUUAAAGUAUUGAAGAAAAUGGUUCGCAUGUGGACAAAUUUUGCCAAAAUAGGAGAUCCAACUCCGAAACGGAAAAUUCAGGAUAAUGUACUGAAAGACUUCAUUUGGCAACCAGUGAGAAAAGAUACAGGAAGGUUGAACUACUUGCACAUAAACAAGAAACUAAAGAUGAAAGAAGAUCCCCUGGGUAUCCGAGAAGACUUUUGGAAUAUUUUUCUGGAAAAAUAUUCCAGAAUGGCAGAUAACGAUGGGAUAGUAAAGUAUAACGUAGCUAGAGAUGAGUUUUGAAUAUAACAACUUUUUUUUUUAA